ACAUCUUGUAGUAGAAUUUAGCGGCGUGGUGUUUUCGACCGUGGGUGUCGGUGUCACGGUUUCGUGUCGCGGUGCUCGUCAUUACGGUGUCGUCGCCGUCGCCGUCGUCGUGGUCGUCAUCGUCGUCUUCACCGUCGUCGUCGCCGCCGUCGUCGUCGUGAUCGUUCUCCCUGUGUUCACGCCGCAAUCGUGUCGUUGUCGUUGUCCUCCGCUUCGUCGACGUCGUUGCUGUCGUUAAUAAUCAUCGUCUUACGAUUGUCGUUUACCGGAGGUUUUGUCGUGCUGCUCGUGUGGUGGUACCGCGGUUGCGAGACCCCCUCGGUGCGGGCCGUGCAGCUCGCGUGGUCCAGCGAUCCAGUUACUCGCCCCGCAAAAGGCGUUGGUGGUACCUUUUGUCGGGCAGAGGGAGAGAGCAAGAGAGCAAGCGAGAGAGGGAGUGAGAAAACGAGAAGAGGCAUACUGUAGGUCAGUCGGUGUAGUAAAUAUACGGGAAGUGAGAGGAACACGGCAGAAUAAUUUCUCACUCUGCAAACGCCCAAUGAACAACGCUUCAGAGCCACCGAUGUGCCGCACCGUGCGAUAACUUCCGUCACCUCUCCGACCCCCGUCUCCUCCCUCCCCUACUCCGUGCGUGUAUGUGUGUGUGCCGCGCCGGGCUCUCGAGGUGAAAAUACCGCCCUCUCCUUCCACCCAACCCCCCGUUGGAGAGGAACCUACCUCGCGCGAGUAACUACGGCUAGAGAAAGAAGAAAAAAACAGUGACAGAGUGACACGGUGAAAGAGUGGGAGAGAGACGAUCCUGUGUGACCGGGAAGAGGAAGAGUGAAAUAGAGAAGAGCGAGGAGAGAAAGAGAGCGAGAGGCCGGCGCCCACCCGUCAACUAUCCUGAUACAGCAUGACCUCGAACAACUCGCAGAAGCUCUCCACGACGGAACGAGUGAUCAAAAAUGUGCUCUUUCCGCCGUCGCACAAACUUACAGUGGCCGAGGUGUUCGACCCGCGGACGGACCGGCCGCGGCCGGAAGUCCUCAAGCAACACUUUAUCCUCGAAGGUAGGAUCGACGAGGCGGCGGCUCUUCGCAUAGUCACCGAUGGAGCCGCCCUCCUCCGCUCUGAGAAGACUAUGAUCGAUAUCGAAGCUCCAGUCACCGUAUGCGGCGACAUUCACGGACAGUUCUACGACCUGAUGAAGUUAUUCGAAGUGGGCGGAUCACCCUCCACGACAAAGUAUCUCUUCCUCGGCGAUUACGUAGACAGGGGUUAUUUCAGUAUCGAGUGCGUAUUGUACCUGUGGGCACUUAAGCUGUGCCAUCCAACCACACUGUUCCUCCUUAGAGGCAAUCACGAGUGCCGUCAUCUCACGGAAUACUUCACAUUUAAGCAAGAAUGUAAAAUAAAAUACUCGGAGAGGGUGUACGACGCUUGCAUGGACGCGUUCGACUGUCUGCCGCUGGCGGCCCUCAUGAACCAACAGUUCCUCUGCGUGCACGGUGGACUCUCGCCGGAAAUUCACAAUCUAGAAGACAUACGCAAAUUGGACAGGUUCAAAGAGCCCCCGGCGUACGGGCCAAUGUGCGAUCUACUCUGGUCGGAUCCGUUGGAGGACUUUGGAAACGAGAAGAACGCCGAACAUUUCUCCCACAACAGCGUCAGGGGUUGUUCGUACUUUUACAGUUACGCGGCGUGCUGCGAUUUCCUGCAGAACAACAACUUGCUGAGCAUCAUUAGGGCGCACGAGGCACAGGAUGCGGGUUAUCGCAUGUACCGGAAAUCUCAGACGACGGGCUUCCCAUCGCUAAUCACCAUCUUCAGUGCGCCCAACUACCUCGACGUUUAUAACAACAAGGCGGCAGUGCUGAAGUACGAGAACAACGUGAUGAACAUCAGGCAGUUCAACUGUUCACCUCAUCCUUAUUGGUUGCCCAACUUCAUGGACGUAUUCACGUGGUCCUUGCCGUUUGUAGGUGAAAAAGUGACAGAGAUGCUGGUGAACGUGCUCAACAUAUGCUCGGACGACGAGCUGAUGAGCGACGGAGACGACGGGCUCGAAGAAGUGUCACAAGACCUGACAUCCGCAAAUUUAACUCGCGAAAGCUUAGAGAAGCGGAAACACAACGACACCGGAACGAUAUUUUCACGUGCAGCAGCCAAUCUACGCAAGGAGGUUAUCAGAAACAAGAUCAGAGCCAUUGGCAAAAUGGCGCGCGUCUUCUCCGUCCUGAGAGAGGAAAGCGAGAGUGUGUUACAAUUGAAGGGGCUCACGCCCACUGGAGCUUUGCCUCUCGGUGCGUUAUCGGGUGGCAAAACGUCGCUAAAAAACGCUCUCCAAGGUUUCUCACCGAACCACAAAAUCACUUCGUUCGCCGAGGCGAAGGGUCUGGACGCUAUAAACGAAAGGAUGCCGCCAAGAAAGGACGCUCCACCCACGCCCGUAACCGAAGAGAAGCCUGUGAUAAAGCCGCCGGCUAUGCCAGAGAAGCGAGAGCCAUGCACACCGCAACCGCAAUCGUGAGCCUCACACUCGUCCAAUCAAGGUGGCAAGGAUGGGUGUUAAGGUCCCAGUGCUGUCGCCGCCACCGCCGAAAGAUCCAAACCAUCGCUCGUCUCUCACCCCCGGUUAUUGUCGCCAGCGUGCCGUUCGUCGAGUCGAGAAGGAAGUGCCAUCCCGAG